CUGGUAAUAGCCUGUUAUUAAGAACCCAGAAGCCUGCAAUUAUUGCAGGUUCAAGCCCGGCCCAAGGUUGACUCAGCCUUCCAUCCUUUAUAAGGUAGGUAAAAUGAGGACCCAGAUUGUUGGGGGGGCAAUAAGUUGACUUUGUAAAAAUAUACAAAUAGAAUGAGACUAUUGCCUUAUACACUGUAAGCCACCCUGAGUCUUCGGAGAAGGGCGGGGUAUAAAUGUAAAAAAAAAAAAAGGCCGGAAUCAAUGAUCUUGCAAACUCCUUAAGGUAGAACGAGCAUGUUCUUCCGCCUUCCGGCACUAGAUGGCACUCUCCGGAGAAGCAGGCGCUAUAUACAGAGAAUAUAGAAGCAGGUACUGCGCAACUGCAGCAUAGCUAUUCAAGGGAGGGGAGAGACGCUGAGCUUGGACGAGUUAAAACGAUAGAGUAUUGGUUUGCUAGAGAGGAUCGCCAACGUCCAAUUACGGAUAUGGCACAACAAGAAGACGACGAGGAGGAUGUAGAGGAGAGGAGGCGAAUGAUAGAGGGACUUCCUCUUCCGGGUCGCCCACGGGAGCAUGAUGGCGUCGGCGGAGCCUCCUGUGCUGCUUGGAGGGUGGAAGCGGCUCCUGGGAGACAAAGAAGAUGCUAAGAAGAGGACUGUGGAUAACAGAGAAUGAGAAGCAACGUUAAAACAAAAAAAUCAACCAAAAUCUUUUCCACUUCCUCCAGAAAGUAUAAAAACUCUUCUCUUUCCUCAGAAGAUGAGAAACAAGGGAAAGAAUAACAAGAAUAAUGUUUUGAGCUGGAAACAAUAGUGUAUGUGGAACUCAAGGAAAGAUUACAUGAAAAGUCAAAGAGGAUAAUUUCCAAAUUCAGAAAAAGUGGAAAUAACUGGAGGUCUGGGGAAAGGAAAAGUUCCCUUGGAUAGCCAAAAUGGGACGGCAUUAAUGAAAUCCUUUGAGGAAGAAAAGAGUGACUUAAUUCAAAGUACCUGCAGGUAAGAGCUCAGAAGUGGUCCUAAUGCAGCAAAAGCUUUAGCACACAACCACACUCUGGUGAGACACAAGAAAACUCACAUUGGAGAGAAACCCUUUGAAUGUCCUGAUUAAGUUUCACUCGGAAUUCCCACCUGGUGAUACGCCAGAAGAUACAAACUGGAGAAAAACCUUAUGAGUGUCCCGAUUGUGGGAAAAUGUGUACUUGGAAGUCUGAUCUGAUGAAGCAUCAGAGGACUCGCAUGGGAGAGAGAUUGUAUGAGUGUCCACAUUGUAGAAAAGGUUUUAGUCAGACUUCCAAACUGAUGAUACACCAGAGAACUCACACAGGAGAGAAACCAUAUGAGUGCCUGGAGUGUGGGAAAAAAUUCAUUCAGAAUUCCAAGCUGUUGAGACAUCAAAGGACUCAUAUGGGAGAGAAACCAUAUGAGUGUCUUUAUUGUGGGAAAAGUUUCACUCAGAAUGCCAGUCUAGUGAUACAGCAGAGGACUCACACAGGGGAAAAACCAUAUGAGUUUCAGGAUUGUGGGAAAAGUUUCACUCAGAAUUCCAACCUGAUGACACACCAGAGGAUUCACACAGGAGAGAAACCGUAUGAGUGUCUGGAUUGUGGGAAAAGUUUCAGUCGAAAUUCCCACCUUGUGGAACACCAGAGAACUCACACAGGAGAGAAACCAUAUAAGUGUCCCGAUUGUGGGAAAGGUUUCUUUUGGAAUUCUAAGCUGGUAGUUCAUCAGAGAACUCACACAGGUAACAAACCAUAUAAGUGUCCCGAUUGUGGUAAAAGUUUCAAUUGGAAUUCCGUUCUGGUGAAACACCAGAGGACUCACACAGGAGAAAAACCAUAUGAGUGUCUGGAGUGUGGGAAAAGUUUCACUCAGAAUUACGACUUGGUUAUACACCAGAGGACUCACUCAGGAGAAAAACCAUAUGAGUGUCCGGAUUGUGGGAAAAGUUUCAGUAAGAAUUCCAAUCUGGUGGUACACCAGAGCACUCACACAGGAGAGAAACCAUAUGAGUGUCUGGACUGUGGGAAACAUUUCAGUCGAAAUUCCCAACUGGUGGAACACCAAAGAACUCACACAGGAGAGAAACCAUAUAAGUGUUUGGAUUGUGGGAAAAGUUUCAUGCAGAAUUCCCACCUUCUGAUACAUCACAAGACUCACACAGGAGAAAAACCAUAUAAGUGUUCUGAUUGUGGGAAAGGUUUCCGUCGGAAUUCUUACCUGGUGCUACACCAGAGAACUCAUACAGGCAUCAAACCAUAUGAGUGUCCGGACUGUGGGAAAUGUUUCACUCAGAAUUCCAACCUGCUGAUACACCAGAGGACUCACUCAGGAGAAAAACCAUAUGAAUGUCCGGAUUGUGGGAAAAGUUUCAGUAAGAAUUUCAAUCUGGUGGUACACCAGAGCACUCACACAGGAGAGAAACCAUAUGAGUGUCUGGACUGUGGGAAACAUUUCAGUCGAAAUUCCCAACUGGUGGAACACCAAAGAACUCACACAGGAGAGAAACCGUAUAAGUGUUUGGAUUGUGGGAAAAGUUUCAUGCAGAAUUCCCACCUUCUGAUACAUCACAAGACUCACACAGGAGAAAAACCAUAUAAGUGUUCUGAUUGUGGGAAAGGUUUCCGUCGGAAUUCUUACCUGGUGCUACACCAGAGAACUCAUACAGGCAUCAAACCAUAUGAGUGUCCGGACUGUGGGAAAUGUUUCACUCAGAAUUCCAACCUGCUGAUACACCAGAGGACUCACUCAGGAGAAAAACCAUAUGAAUGUCCGGAUUGUGGGAAAAGUUUCAGUAAGAAUUUCAAUCUGGUGGUACACCAGAGCACUCACACAGGAGAGAAACCAUAUGAGUGUCUGGACUGUGGGAAACAUUUCAGUCGAAAUUCCCAACUGGUGGAACACCAAAGAACUCACACAGGAGAGAAACCAUAUAAGUGUUUGGAUUGUGGGAAAAGUUUCAGGCAGAGUUCCCACCUUCUGAUACAUCACAAGACUCACACAGGAGAAAAACCAUAUAAGUGUUCUGAUUGUGGGAAAGGUUUCCGUCGGAAUUCUUACCUGGUGCUACACCAGAGGACUCACACAGGAGAAAAACCAUAUGAGUGUCUGGAGUGUGGGAAAAGUUUCACUCAGAAUUCCGACUUGGUUAUACACCAGAGGACUCACUCGGGAGAAAAACCAUAUGAGUUUCCGGAUUGUGGGAAAAGUUUCAGUAAGAAUUUCAAUCUGGUGGUACACCAGAGCACUCACACAGGAGAGAAACCAUAUGAGUGUCUGGACUGUGGGAAACAUUUCAGUCGAAAUUCCCACCUGGUGGAACACCAAAGAACUCACACAGGAGAGAAACCGUAUAAAUGUCUGGAUUGUGGGAAGAGUUUCAAGCAGAAUUCCAACCUUCUGAUACACCAGAAGACUCAUACAGGAGAGAAACCAUAAAAGUGUUCUGAUUGUGGGAAAGGUUUCCGUCGGAAUUCUUACCUGCUGAUGAUACACCAGAGGACUCACACGGGAGAGAAACCAUAUAAGUGUCCAGAUUGUGGGAAAAGUUUCAGUCAGAAUUCCAAUCUGGUGAGACAUCGGAGGACUCACACAGGAGAAAAACCAUAUGGGUGUUCUGAUUGUGGGAAAAGUUUCCAGGAUAAUUCCAACCUGGUGAAACAUCAGAGGACUCACACGGGAGAGAAACCAUAUGAGUGUCUAUAUUGUGGGAAAUGUUUCUGUCAGAACUCCCACCUGGUAGAACAUCAGAGAACUCACACAGGAGAAAAACCAUAUGAGUGUCAGGAUUGUGGGAAAAGUUUCAGAUGGAACUCGCAUCUGGUGGAACACCAGAGGACUCACACGGGAGAGAAACCAUAUAAAUGUUUAGAUUGUGGAAAACGUUUCUAUCGGAAUUCUCACCUGGUGGUACAUCAGAGAACGCAUACCGGAGACAAACGGUAUCAGUGUCUGGAUUGUGGUAAAAAUUUCACUCGGAAUUCUGGCCUGGUGAUACACCAGAAGACUCACACAGGAGAAAAAUUAUAUGAAUGUCUGUUUUGUGGGAAAAGGUUUAUUCGAAAUUCCGACUUGGUCAUACAUCAGAGGACUCACACAGGAGAAAAACCAUAUGAGUGUCUCGAAUGUGGAAAAAGUUUCAGUCGGAAUUCCACUUUGGUGGUACACUGGAGGAUUCACACAGGAGAGAAACUGUAUGAGUGUCCAGAUUGUGGGAAACGUUUCGCUCGGAAUUCCAAGCUGGUGAUGCACCAGAGGACUCACACAGGAGAAAAACCAUAUCAAUGUCUGGAUUGUGGGAAAAGUUUCAGUCAGAAUUCCUACCUAUUGAAACACCAGAGAACUCACACAGGAGAAAAACCAUAUCAGUGCCUUGAAUGUGGGAAAAAUUUCAGUUGGAAUUCCAAUUUGAUGAUACACUGGAGGACUUACACAGGAGAGAAACCAUAUGAAUGUCCAGAUUGUGGGAAAGAUUUCAGUACUAGGUCUAGCCUUAUAAAUCACGUAAAGUUACACAUAGCAGACUAAACAUUCAAAUAUCCAGAUUACAGACUGUUUCGCACAAAAUUCCCUUCUCGCACACAAGAAAUUACACCUGAGGCAAAAUUUAAUGUGUGUAGAGGAAUCUUGAAUUUUUUUUUCUCUCAUUGGAAGCUCAGCUGAACAAUUAACUAUUUAAUUUCAUGCAUGAUUCCUUUUAGUAAAACAUGCCUUAGUAUCAAACAUGAGAGUGGAAUAGAAUAGAAUAACAGAGUUGGAAGGGACUUUUUUUUUUUUGUUUACAUUUAUAUCCCGCCCUUCUCCGAAGACUCAGGGCGGCUUACAGUGUAUAAGGCAAUAGUCUCAUUCUAUUUGAAUAUUUUUACAAAGUCAACUUCUUGCCCCCCCCAACAAUCUGGGUCCUCAUUUUACCUACCUUAUAAAGGAUGGAAGGCUGAGUCAACCUUGGGCCGGGCUUGAACCUGCAGUAAUUGCAGGCUACUGUGUUCUAAUAACAGGCUCUAACAGCCUGAGCUAUUCCGGCCCAUUGAGCCGGAAUUGAGCCCUUGUAUGUCUUCUAGUCCAACUCACUACUCAAGCAUGUAAUCCUAUACCAUUUCUGACAAAUUGCAGUCACGUCUCUUGAAAGCUGCAGUGAUGAAAUACUCACAACUUCUGAAGGCGAGUAGCUCCGCCAGUUGAUUGUUAUCACUGUCUCAAAAUGUCUCCUUAUUUUUAGAUUGAAUCUCUCCUUGAUCAGUUUCCAUCCGUUGUUCCUUGUCUGGCCGUCGGGUGCUUUGGAAAAUAGGUUGUCCCCCUCUCUGUGUGACAAUCCCUCAAAUAUCGGAAGACUGUUAUUGUGUCACCCCUGGUUCUUCUCUUCACUAGACUGGCCGUGCCCAAUUCUUCUAACCAUUCUUCAUAUGUUUUAGCUUGCAGGCCUUUGAGCUUACUUUUUCUUUCUUUGUUCUUUGUUUCUCUUUCCUUUCUCUAACCUUAUCUGAUUUCCUUUCUCUGGCCAAGUGUGAUUGUUCCUUAUCACGGAAUCAAGGGGAACUGCUAUGCUGGGCCAGAGUAAAGACACUUGCAUCUCUAUUAUGUAUGUUUGCCGCCCUGAGUUAUUUUUACAUAUAAUAAAGGGGGAUAUAAACAUGUAUGUAUGUAUUUUUACUUAGCAUGAAAAUGUGUAUGGGAAUCCCACUCAUAAUGACUCUACAUGGUUUACAGCAAUAAAACCUUAAUACAGAAACCAAUAAUCCCCAUAUAUUUCAAAUGGCAAAAUGUGAAUCCUAUACAUUUAACAUUUAUUUGCCCUGCAAAUACAGGGCAUGUCUAGCAAGGUUGAUGGCAUUUGGAUGGUCAUUCGGAUUCCAAAAAUGUGAUCCCUGCCUUUAUUCAAUUUAUAAGUUAGCCAGGCUUCUUGGCCUUACUAAUUACGUUCGUGCCUGAUGCCAUUCUUGCUCAAAUCUGGUUAUCUUUCUCUUUGCAUGGAGUUAAGUUGGAGAAGUUCACCGUAGGAUUAGCGGCAUAUAAAUUUGAUAAUUAAAGAAAUGCAUAGACCUUCAGUGCCUCAAGCAACCUGCAGAUGGGCAGCUGCAGCAGGGCCAUUUUUCCAGAUUAAUCUUUUUCCUCUCAUUUAUUUAAAAUAUUUAUGUAGCCACCCAUCUUAUAACAAACUCUGGCUGGCUCUCAAUCAGUAAUUAACUUAAAAACCAUAUUAAAACCAAAUGCAUAAAACCAAGAGGUAAAGCUUCCCCUCGCACAUAUGUGCUAGUCAUUCCUGACUCUAGGGGGAAUCUCCGUUUCAAACCCGAAGAGCCAGCGCUGUCCGAAGAUGUCUCUGUGGUCAUUUGUCCGGCAUGACUAAACGCCAAAGGUGCGCAGAACGCUGUUACCUUCCCCACCAAAGGUGGUCCCUAUUUUUCUACUUGCAUUUUUUACGGGCUUUCGAAACUGCUAGGUUGGCAGAAGCUGGGACAAGCAACGGGAGCUCACCCCAUUACGUGGCACUAGGGAUUCGAACCGCUGAACUGCCGACCUUUCGAUCGACAAGCUCAGUGUCUUAGCCACUGAGCCACCGCAUCCCUUUUAAAAACAAAAACCUGACCCCAAAUCAAGCUUCUGAUGCGCUGGCACCUCUUCUUAUCCCAGUGCUUAGGGGGAAAGCUAGAUCAUCUUUCCUUUACAGAAGACUAGGAGGAUAAAGGCCUUCCAAACAUCAGGGGAAAGAGUUGUCAGAUAGGGCAGGAGCUGCAAGGGAAAAGAUUCACUUCCCCUAGCUCCUAUCAGAUGAUAAUAUUUAAGGCAGGGGGGCUGGGAAUGUGCCCACCCUAUCAGACCUGCUAGAACAGGUAGAUAGAAAAAUAAUAAAGGUGGGAAACUAGUGCCAUGUGCCCUGAUGGCUCAGUGGUUAGAAUGCAGUAUUGCUGGCUGACACUUCCCACUGCCUGGAGUUCGGUCCUGAUGGGGCUCGAGGUUGACUUAGCCUUCCAUCCUUCUGAGAUCGGUACAAUGAGGACCCAGAUUGUUGGGGACAAUAUUCUGACAAUACAUACCGAGAGAGCUGGGGGGUGAUAUAUAGGUCUAAGUGCUAUUGCUAUUGUUACAAUAAAAUAGCUUUAAAGGUGAUGACCAGCAUCUUCAAUUGCACCUUAAAAAACGAAUCCAAUGCAGCUCGCGUGACAAUGUAUGUUACAUGGGCAACCUAGAGGCCCCCAUUAUUGUGUGUGCACUACUGCGUUCUG